ACCAAGGCCUUCAGCACACACCAAUGUGGAAAGGCGUUCUGAUCACAUGGUGUACAGUGUGUUAACUUUGACGGCAGGGCCCACCUGUCUCGACGACACACUCCAAAUCAGAGCCGGUUCUCCUCUGGAAGCUCAGUAGUAAUUGCAAACAGACAUGGCUGACACUGAUGAGGUUGUGGAGGAGGAGGUCCAGGAGGAAGUGGACGACUCGAAAUCCAAACCUAAGUUUAUGCAGAAUAUUCAAGCACCAAAAAUUCCUGAGGGGGAUAAAGUCGAUUUUGAUGACAUCCAUCGUAAACGUCAGGAGAAGGACCUGGCUGAGUUGCAGGCCCUGAUCGAGGCUCACUUUGUCCAGAGGAAGAAAGAGGAGGAGGAGCUUAUCGCGUUGGUUAACAGGAUUGAGAACCGGCGUGCAGAGAGGGCCGAGCAGCACAGGAUCCGAGCAGAGAGGGAAAAGGAGCGACAGGCCAGACUCGCUGAAGAGAAGGAAAGAAAGGAGCAGGAGGAACAGAGGAAGAAGCAAGAUGAAGAUGCUAAGAAAAAGAAGGCUCUAAGCAACAAGACUCAUCAAUAUGGAGGCAUUCAGCAGAGAGGCGACGGUCGCAAAGGAGGCAAGAAGCAGACAGAGAGGGAGAAGAAGAAGAAGGUUUUGGCCGAGAGACGGAAGCCUCUAAAUGUUGAUCAUCUCAGUGAGGACAAGCUCAAGGAUAAAGCCAGUGAGCUGUGGCAGUGGUUGAUGGAGCUGGAGGCUGAGAAGUAUGACCUGGCUGAGAAACUGAAACGUCAGAAGUAUGAUAUCACUCAACUUCUUGCUCGGGUCCAGGACAGUCAGAGUGCGAAAGGACGAGGCAAGGGCGGCAGGAGGAGGUAGAAACGCUGACAAUUUGAAGACGGGAAAGUCUUGUGCGCUGUACUGCUUUGUGGGUUUGUUAACGUCAUUAAACAUUAUGUAACUGAAUGUAGAAUAACAAACCCUGUAACUGUACAUUUUUACUUGGCAUUACAAAUAAAGCACGGUUUGUUUGACCUUG